AUGCUCAACGGGAAAGUCUAUGUCGUUAACGACCCAGAACUCGCGCAGGCCGCCCUCCGUAAUCGGUCCCUUAGUUUCGAUCCGUUCUUGAGGGACCUCAUCAAGGGCAUGGCCCGCGUCGGCGCUGAGACGAUGAAGAUCUGGGAUGACCCUACGUUCUACGGUCGCUGGGUCAAGAUCCUUUACGGUGGAAUGGCGGGGCAGUCCCUUCUCGGGCUCAACAUCUCAGCUGUGGGGCAGGUUGCUGCCAGCUUGAAUGAAAUUGGGGACGAUGUAGAGGUGGAAGACUUGUACACGUGGACUCGUCAGAUGUUCACCUUGGCUAGCACAGAUUCGCUCUAUGGGAGCAGGAAUCCAUUGAGGGAGGACAAGAGGCUCGUCAAUGCCUACUGGGACUAUGAGGCCGAGGUGAACAAGCUCAUGGUCGGCGUGUUCCCCUCUAUCUUCGCUCCUCGAGGCCACCGCGGUCAAAACCUGUUGCAAGAAGCCUUCCAAGCCUUCUUCGAUUCGAACUUGCACGAAGGCCCCGACGUUCCGUCCAUUGUCAAAGAGCGCCGCAGACUGACACGGAGCUUCAACAUGCCCUCUUCCGCCGCCGCCGCAAUCGAGCUUCUGUUCCUCCAUGGCGCGAUAUCAAACACAUUCCCGACGUUUUACUGGCUAUUCACCCGCGUCUUCAGCCAGCCCGUUCUUCUCGCCCGUCUUCGCGACGAGGUGCACGGCGUCAUUGAGGAAACGGACCGCACCACGACGGGUGGGAAGAGGAGAUUGGCGACGCUGCAUAUUGAGAAGAUUGAGGAGAGAUGCCCGCUUCUCAUGUCCUGCUUCCGCGAAACGCACCGCCUUUACGCCUCUGGGGUCCUAGUCCGCAAGGUCAUGGCUGACACGACCAUCUCGGACGGCAAGACGAGCUAUGUCUUGAAGAAGGAUGGGCAGGUGCAAGGACCGCAGACUGUCCUGCAACUGAGUCCCGAGAUCUGGGGCGACGAUGCGAUGGAGUUCGUCGGUGAUAGGUUCCUGAAGAUGGCUGAAGAGAAGGGCGAGGCCGUUGUCAACUUUGCACCGAGAGGGUUUCUUGGAUUCGGAGGGGGGAAGCAUGUUUGUCCCGGCCGGUACUUUGCUAGCGGCGAGCUUUUGGGAUCCAUCGCACUGCUGAUCUCGGGCUUUGACAUUACCAACGGGGAAGGGGACGCAAUCGCUGCCCCCAAGCCUACGCAAGUUCCGCUGACGGGCUCACUGGGGAAGCCGGGGCCUGGGAGCGAUCUCGUUGGGAAGAUACGGAGAAGGCCUGGAUGGGAAAAUGUCCAGUGGGAAGUCGUUGCUUAG